ACAGCUCAUGGGAACAGAUUGGCUAAAUUGGAUGCCGAUAUUUGAUAGUAAAACAGUUUUUUAAACAAAGAAUCUAAUGGGAAACACUGCUCUCCUCGAAGGAAGUGUGAACUUUGCAUAGCGAUUGUGACCUUCAUCAGCAUGCUCCUCCAAAUAAAGCCCAAGUUGCAGGGCAAUUUGAGAGCCCCCCACCCCACCUUGCUAACUUAGAUAUUAUAAUAAUUAGGAUAAACUCUAACCCAGCCACCGCCCCAGUACCCUUUGAUCUUUUAUAACUUGUAUAUAUAGGUUUCCCUUAGCUCCUAAUUUCAUCACCCCCACCACCCAAAAUAUUUUUGUGCUUUUUAGAAAUAGAGAGGGAGAGAGAGAUGGAAGGCUCAUCUUCUAAAAUCUUUAUGUCAUCCCUUUUCAUGCUACUUGCCAUUAGUUCAUGCAUAAACCCUAGCUUUGCAGCUUCGGCUAACCAGUUAAGCACUGAGUUCAUUAGAACAUCUUGCAGAUCAACAACCUACCCAAGACUUUGCUUCAGCUCUCUCUCGGUCCAUGCAAAUUCAAUCCAAACAAGCCCUCAACUUCUAGCCAGCACAGCCCUCAAUGUGACUCUGUUCUCGGCUCAAUUAACCUCUACCGCGAUGGUGAGGAUCUCAAGAACCAAAGGGAUGAGUCCUAAAGUGGUUUCCGCCAUGAAGGACUGCGUGGAGGAGUUGAUAGAUUCGGUGGACGAACUUCGCAAGUCCAUUGGCGAGAUGAACAACUUUAAGGGCGGCUCUAAUUUUCAGCUCAUGAUAAACGACAUACAAACUUGGGUUAGUGCGGCUUUGACGGAUGAAAGUACGUGCAGUGAUGGCUUUGCAGGGAAUGCCAUGAAUGGGAACGUGAAGACCCUUGUGCGGGGAAGGAUCGUGAACGUGGCACAACUCACUAGCAAUGCCUUGGCUUUGAUCAAUCAAUAUGCCGCUCUCCAUGGUUAAUUAAUUAGCUUAAUUCUAGUGAGAUUAUAUCGUAUUAGUUGUGUACUAUAAUCAGAAGAAACAAUAGUGUGGAUAUUGCCUCUGCGGCAUCAUAUUUGUAGUUGCAGUUUUGUGUAUGAAGUUGGUGUAUCUAUAUUAUAUGCUGGACAGAGCUAAGCUCUUAAAGAUUUUUUGUGUCGAUCGAGAAGCUGCAGAGUGUUGGAUGAAUUAUUUGUGGAUAUCGAUGCAAAAGUUGCAAAUUCGCAGCUUUUGCCUUGGUAUAUUGUAAUGCAAAACUACCUACUGGAGUUUCCUUCCUUCA